UGAAGAAGCGGAAGUAGCAUGUGUCUGAGGAGGCGGUGGUAAUCCGAACGCGGAGGAAAGGCUUGGGGGGUUCGGGGGCAACUAGCAGCCAAAAUGAAAGUGAAGAUGCUGAGCCGGAACCCGGACAACUAUGUCCGCGAAACCAAACUGGACUUACAAAGAGUUCCAAGAAACUAUGAUCCUACCUUACAUCCUUUUGAGGUCCCGCGAGAAUAUGUAAGAGCUUUAAAUGCUACAAAACUGGAACGGGUAUUUGCAAAACCAUUCCUUGCUUCUCUGGAUGGUCACCGAGAUGGAGUCAAUUGCAUGGCAAAGCAUCCAAAGAGCCUGGCUACUGUCCUUUCUGGGGCAUGUGAUGGAGAGGUCAGAAUUUGGAACUUGACUAAACGGAAAUGUAUCCGUACAAUACAAGCCCAUGAGGGUUUUGUACGAGGAAUAUGUACUCGCUUUUGUGGGACUUCUUUUUUUACUGUUGGAGAUGACAAAACUGUGAAGCAAUGGAAAAUGGAUGGACCGGGUUACGGAGAAGAGGAAGAACCAUUACAUACAAUAUUAGGAAAGACAGUGUAUACAGGAAUUGAUCAUCACUGGAAAGAAGCUGUUUUUGCCACAUGUGGACAGCAAGUAGACAUUUGGGAUGAACAAAGAACAAGUCCUAUCUGUUCAAUGACCUGGGGAUUCGACAGCAUAAGUAGUGUUAAAUUUAACCCAAUUGAGACAUUUCUCUUGGGAAGUUGUGCUUCUGACAGGAAUAUAGUACUAUAUGAUAUGAGGCAAGCUACUCCUCUGAAAAAGGUCAUCUUAGAUAUGAGAACAAAUACAAUUUGUUGGAACCCUAUGGAAGCUUUCGUUUUUACUGCAGCAAAUGAAGAUUACAACUUGUAUACGUUUGAUAUGCGUGCGCUGGACACUCCUGUAAUGGUACAUAUGGAUCACGUGUCUGCGGUGCUUGAUGUGGAUUAUUCUCCCACUGGGAAAGAGUUUGUGUCUGCUAGUUUUGAUAAAUCUAUUCGUAUCUUUCCUGUGGACAAAAGUAGAAGCAGGGAAGUCUAUCACACAAAGAGAAUGCAACAUGUUAUCUGUGUAAAAUGGACUUCUGACAGCAAAUAUAUUAUGUGUGGAUCUGAUGAAAUGAACAUUCGUCUGUGGAAAGCUAAUGCUUCUGAAAAAUUGGGUGUGCUUACAUCACGAGAAAAAGCAGCCAAAGAUUAUAACCAGAAGUUGAAGGAGAAAUUUCAACAUCAUCCUCAUAUAAAACGCAUCGCUCGUCACCGACAUCUACCAAAAUCUAUCUACAGCCAGAUCCAGGAACAGCGGAUCAUGAAGGAAGCUCGCCGACGAAAGGAGGUGAAUCGUCUCAAACAUAGCAAGCCUGGAUCUGUGGCAAUUGUGUCAGAGAAGAAGAAACACGUAGUGGCAGUUGUGAAAUAAUACUUGGUAUUCCUACCAAUCCUGAUGUAUAAUUAUUUGUUAUAUUUUGAUGUGCAGACUGUGCAAAUAAAAUACUGGUUCUAGAAUAACGACAAACAGCUCAGUUACAUGUGUAGAACUGAAAAACAGUACCCCUGAAAAACUGUCCUGAAAGAUGGCCUGGUUGAUAAGACUAUCCAACAUGUUAUCCUUGAUCUGCUUACUUAUUUUAUUGGAGAAUACAGUAUUGCCAACUAACAUGUUUAUUACUGCUAGAAACUGCAGAUACACUUUGAUCUAUUAUUGUAGAUAUACUGUACAUUUGAAUUUACAUUUAUGACCAAACAUCUCUUUUGUUACCUUUAGUGUUACUUUGGGUUAUUAUUGCAAUGAUUCUUCCAGUGAUUACAUAUAAUGUGUGGAAGAAUUAUGUCAAAACUUUUUUUAAUUCAUUUAAUUUUCUGUGCUUUAUUGGUAUUUGGCUCUUUGAGACUUUAAAGAUAAUCAGGUUGCAUUUAUAUAACUUUUAUAAAUAAUCAUUAUAAUUUAUGGUCAAGUUAAGAUAAUAAAACAUCUUUUUCUCAGUGUUGUAA